UGUUACUGGCGACUAUGGCUCGAAUCGUGUUGUUUGCUUUGGCCCUCUUAGCGGCAGGCGGGCUCGCUGAGCCUGUCAAGAAGGUCCUGCCUCAGAAGAUUGCGGACCCAGGUUUCCUUCAGAAACAAGUGGAGCUCUGGUACUUGUUCUUCCACGUCCAUGAGCCAACCUUCGUUCAGGAACAAAAGACAAUCGUUGAUACCUGGGAUAUUGAGAAGAACAUUGAAUCAUACAGCAAUGUGACAGCCGUCAAAAUCUGCGCCAGGCUGAUUGAAAAUGGUUUGCUUCCUCGUGCUGUACCUUUCACCAUUCUUCUCCCCGAGCACAGAUUUGAGGCGGUGACAUUAUUCAACGUUCUCUUCUCCGCUAAGGACUACACCACCUUCUAUAAGACUGCCGCUUACUUUAGGGAACAUGUUAACGAAGGAAUUUUCGUGUACGUUCUGACUACGGCAAUUCUCCACCGCCAAGACACUCAGGGCAUCGUCGUGCCACCAAUCUAUGAAAUCUUUCCGUCUUAUUUCCACAACGGCGAGAUUGUUACCACUGCCCAGAGAAUCAAUACUCACGGCAAGGCCUGGGCGAAGCAAAACAAUGUUGUGAUUAGGUGGAACGAAACCGUGUGGCCGUACUUUAAUUAUGACAACGUAUUAUCUUAUUUCACUCAGGAUCAUGAACUAAAUACAUACUACUACAAUUUUCAUAUGGCUUAUCCGUUCUGGCUUGGUGGCGAGACUUGUCCUCUUGUUAAGGACAGACGUGGAGAAUGGUGGUGGUUUAUACAUAAGUCGAUCGUAUCCCGCUACUACAUGGAAAGGUUAUCAAACGGACUUGGUGAGAUUCCUGAGCUUGGUCUCGACGUUGUCCAAGAAGGUCACUUCUCUGGUCUCGUUUACCACAAUGGUAUCCCAUACCCAGUAAGGCCUAACCACUACCACCUCGACCAGCCCUGGUUGAUCGAUGAACUCACUUGGAUCAGCGACUAUGAGCGUCGCAUCCGUGAUGCUAUUGAAAGUGGAUACGUUGUCAACGCCCAUGGUGAGCACGUUGACAUCACCAAAGCCGAAGCUAUAGAUAUCCUGGCAAACUUGAUUGAAGCCAACGUCGACUCUCCCAACACUCACUACUAUAGAGACUUCAUUACCCUGUGGAAGGGUGUUCUUGGCGGUUCCGUAGUCCAUGAACACGUUGUACAUCAUAACAACAUACCGCUUGUUCUGCCUACCGUCUUGGGACAUUUUCAGACUUCUCUCCGUGACCCCGCCUUCUGGAUGAUCUGGAAGCGAGUGCUGAGGCUGUUCACUUUGUGGCAGGAGCGACUUCCUGCUUACAAGCCUGAAGAACUUGCUCUGCCUACUGUUCAAAUUAAAAAGUUUGAGGUAGACAAGCUUGUGACAUACUUCGAACUCACUCAUGUGAACGUCACCAACCAUCUCCACUUGGAUGAGGAAGAACGUCACAGGCUGUAUAACGAUGUCAGCGUCCUUGUUGAGCGCCCCCAGUUGAACCACAAAGUCUUCCAAGUCCGUUUGCAUGUAAAGAGCGAUGUUGCCAGCACUGUUGUCGUUAGGUUCUUCCUUGCUCCCAAAUACGACAGCUAUGGCUAUGAAAUUCCUCUGCACAAGAACUCUGAGAACUUUUUCUUGGUCGACCGGUUCAUAUAUGAUUUGCCUCAGGGUGAGACUGUUAUCAAACGAGACAGCACUGAGAAUAUAAACAUCAUUAACGAUUGGCCUACUGGUUGGGAGACCCUUGUCAAGGCUGAAAAUGCUCUUCGCGGCGAAGGUCAAUUUGUUCUUGACCAGACACACAAAUGGACUGGCUUCCCUCAGCGCUUUAUACUUCCUAAAGGUCGUGUUGGCGGUAUGCCUUUCGUCUUUGUGGUUCACAUCACAAAGUACCGCGCGUCUAAGGUGCCCUACGGAACAGGUUUCGACCCGGCCACAUCUAUGGGGCUUGGUUCUGGUGCUAUUCGCCUUACCGACGAUCCUCUUGGCUUCCCAUUUGACAGGCCGCUGCACUCGUGGCAGGUUGAAAAUCUUCGUAACUUCCACAUUGACGAUGUUACCAUCUACCACAAACCUACUCCUGAAAUCUAUGUACCUUUCAGAGGAAAGGCACAGUUCACUCCUCGUUCGGGAAUAAUGAAGUCUGUCGUCAUUCUAGCCGGUCUCGUGGCCAUUGCCUUCGCGGCAAAUGUGCCUUCCCAACACCAUACUCCUGUACUAAAACAGGUUGACGGGUCCUUCGUAACUCGUCAGAAGCAGGUGUUGUCUCUCUUCACGUACUACAAACAAAAUAACCCUGAAGCUGAGUGGUACAAAAUUGGUCACGAUUACGAUGUAGAAGCUAACAUCGAGAAUUACACUAACAAGAAGGCAGUUGAGGAGUUCCUGCACCUCUACAAGACUGGAUUCCUGCCGAAAUAUGAAAUAUUCUCGAUCUUUUACGAGAGGAUGAGGGAGGAGGCUAUUGCUCUCUUCCACUUGUUCUACUACGCUAAGGAUUUCGAUACCUUCUACAAAACCGCGGCUUGGGCCCGCGUGCACUUGAACGAAUAUCAAUUCGUGUACACUUUCUACAUCGCUGUUAUCCAUCGGCCAGACACAGAGGGCUUCGUGCUGCCUUCUCCUUAUGAAUUAUAUCCUGAGUUUUUCACCAACAUGGAAACCAUGGCCAAAGUUUACCGUAUAAAGAUGCAGGAUGCUCCCAUCGUACCUGAAGUCGCUCGCAACUACGGCAUUGUCAAAGAGGACAAUUACUUUGUCUACUAUGCCAACUAUUCCAACUACUGGACCUAUGGCAAUGAGGAGCAAAGACUGUCUUACUUCACCGAAGACAUUGGUCUAAAUGCUUAUUACUAUUACUUCCACUCGUACUUCCCCUUCUGGAUGGACGGUGGGAAAUACGAAUUCCUGAAAGAUCGUCGUGGUGAAUAUUAUUACUUCUUCUACCAGCAACUUAUGGCUCGUUACUACGUGGAACGUCUUUCAAACGGAUUGGGCGAAAUUCCCGAAUUCACGUGGUGGAAACCAAUAAAGUAUGGAUACACACCUUUCUUGUCUACUGUGAACUAUCCUUUCAUCCAGAGGAAUAACUACUACUCCAUUCCUGCUGAAAAGUACUAUGAGGAACUACAGUUCUUGGACACUUACGAGAAGACUUUCACGCAGUACUUGCAGAGAGGCCAGUUCAAGGCUUACAACCAGGAUGUUGAUUUCCACAAAUCUAAGUCAAUCAACUUCGUCGGCAACUUCUGGCAAACUAAUCCCGACCUGUACGAGCACGCCGGACCUAGGAACUACUUCCGUUCUUACGAAACCACUGCCCGCCAUCUUCUUGGUGCUGGUCCUGAGCCUCUAGACCAAUACACGGUUCCGCCCUUCGCCCUCAACUUCUACCAGACCUCCCUGCGUGACCCGAUGUUCUACCAGAUGUACAGCAAGAUUCUCAAGUACUUCCUGCAGUACAAGGAGUAUCUAGAGCCGUACUCUCAGAACCAACUCCGCUACUCUGGUGUAAAGAUCAACGACGUACAUUUCGAUAAACUUGUCACCUACUUCGACUUCUAUGACUACGACAUCACCAAUGGAAUCUACAGGAACACCGAGGAAUUCAAGACCAUGACUCCUAGGUACAAGGUUCGUCAGCCGCGUUUGAAUCACAAGCCUUUCACGUUCACCUUUGAUGUCAAGUCUGAUGUUGAAGGAGAAGCCGUGUUCAAGGUAUUCUUAGGACCCAAGUACGACAGCAAGGGUUACCCUAUCAACAUUGAGGAUAACUGGAUGAACUUCUAUGAACUAGACUGGUUCACGUACAAACUGAAAUCUGGCCAGAACAAGAUUGAACGCCAUUCCAAGGAAUUCUACUACUACAAAGAAGACUCUGUGCCUGUCACAGAUAUCUUCAAGUACCUUGAACAAGGUAAGGUGCCUUUUGAAAUGUCUGAGAAAUGCGAACACUUCCCUAACAGGUUGAUGCUCCCGAAGGGUACUGACGGUGGCUUCCCGUAUCAAUUGUUUGUGUUUGUCUACCCAUACGAGGCUCCCAGCGAGGAGUACAAAGAACUCGGUCUAAUUGACAACAAACCUUUCGGCUAUCCAUUAGACCGCCCAGUGUACGAGCCUUACUUGUACCAACCUAAUGCGUACUUCGAGGAUGUGUACAUUUAUUUCGAGGGCGAGCACUUCCCUUACUCUAUGAAUAACCCCUUUUACGUUCACGACAAAAACUUCGUUCCCAAGAACUAGAAGGAGAGAGAAAGAUUUCAAAUAGUGUUCCAUUGGAACUUCACAUUGGAUAUGUAUGCUGAUAAAACGUUAUAGAAAUAAACCAAUUUUAUACAUUA